AUCUUCACGAUCUGAUUUUCUCGCAAACAUCUCGACAACAACACCACGAAAUCUCUCCAAGAUGUCGUUGGUCAGUGGAGAAAAGACAAAUUUUCAAUUUAUUCUGCGACUUCUCAAUACCAACGUUGACGGUCGUGUCAUCACUCCAUAUGCUCUCACCAAGGUACGUCAAGAGCUUCAACUUCGUGUUAAUUUCAUCUCGAACGUCCACCAUACCAUUGAACCGAGCAUUCACCAUUCGCCACCCCAUCAGUUAUGUUCGCACAUGAUUCUAACUCGAACGAAACAGAUCAAGGGUGUCGGUAGACGUUACAGUAUCUUGGUUUGCAAGAAGGCCGAUGUCGACUUGACCAAGCGGUAGGAAGCCCACGCGACGAUAUUUGGAUGACUUGGAGGACAAGGCUGAUUGGAAAUUUAGUGCCGGUGAACUCACCUCCGAAGAACUCGAGCGUAUCGUCACCAUCAUCCAAAACCCAACCCAAUACAAGAUCCCAGCCUGGUUCCUCAAUCGUCAACGCGAUAUCGUCGAUGGCAAAGACUCUCAAAUUCUCGCCAACGGUGUCGACUCCAAGCUUCGUGAUGACCUCGAACGCCUAAAGAAGAUCCGCGCUCAUCGUGGUCUUCGUCACUACUGGGGUCUCCGUGUUCGUGGACAACACUCCAAGACCACUGGUCGUAGAGGUAGAACUGUCGGUGUCUCCAAGAAGAAGGGUGGUUAAGCGCAUUUGGGAAUGGGAUAAAUCGGACG